UAGGCGCGCGCGCCUCGCCGCUCAGUCGUGCGCCUGCGCAGAUCCUCUAGCGAGGGCGGAAGUGAGGAGUUGCUGCGCGGAGGUGGGGGCCGCAGCUCUUUGCCUGUGGGGUGGGCGAGCUGCCGACAUGGCGCUCUCCGCGAGUCUCGGGGUUCCGCUGGCAGCCUUGCUGGUUGUGCUUUGGGGGGCCUCCUGCACCCACGGGCGGCGGAGCGACGUGCGCAUCAUCACUGACGAGAACUGGAAAGAGUUGUUGGAAGGGGAGUGGAUGAUAGAAUUUUAUGCUCCAUGGUGUCCUGCUUGUCAAAAUCUACAACCAGAAUGGGAAAGUUUUGCCGAGUGGGGAGACGAUCUUGAAGUCAAUGUUGCAAAAGUAGAUGUCACAGAACAGCCAGGACUGAGUGGACGAUUUAUCAUAACUGCUCUUCCUACUAUUUAUCAUUGUAAAGAUGGUGAAUUCAGGCGCUAUCAGGGUCCAAGGACUAAGAAGGACUUCAUAAAUUAUAUAAGUGAAAAAGAAUGGAAGAGUAUUGAACCAGUUUCAACAUGGUUUGGUCCAGGUUCUAUUCUGAUGAGUAGUAUGUCAGCACUCUUUCAGCUAUCGAUGUGGAUCAGGACUUGCCAUAACUAUUUUAUUGAAGACCUUGGAUUACCAGUUUGGGGAUCAUAUGCAGUCUUUGCCUUAGCAACUCUGCUUUCAGGAUUAUUAUUAGGACUUUGUAUGAUAUUUGUGGCAGAUUGCCUUUGUCCUUCAAAAAGGCGCAGACCACAGCCAUAUCCUUCCAAAAAACUAUUACCAGAAUCUUCUCAACCUUUGAAAAAAGUGGAGGAAGAACAAGAGGCUGAUGAUGAAGAUGUUUCAGAAGAGGAAGCUGAAAAUAAAGAAGGAACAAACAAAGACUUUCCCCAGAAUGCCGUAAGGCAACGUUCUGUGGGUUCUUCAUUGGCCACGGAUAAAUCCUAGUUAAUUUUUAUAAAUAUCUUAAUAUGAUUUUGACAAAAAAUAGAAGAUUUAUCAUUUCUUUUGGUUUGAAGUGAACUGUGACUUGCUUGUAUAUUGCGGAGUUCAGUCUAGAUGUCACUUGAUUGAACAGCCUGCUUUCAGAAAAUAAAAGCACUACUUAAAGUUGGAAAUAAGAUUAAAGUAUAGUAAAGUGGUUUAAACAAUUCUUUAAUUUUUGAAAAUCUGGUGCCAAGCAAUAAGAUUUGUAUUGUUUGUUUUAAAAUCUGUUUCAAAUUUGAAUUGAAAAAUUUCAUUUCCCAAGUAUUGCAUUUUUGAGAUAUAUAAGGAGAUAAUUUUAGAGAAAAAGGAUUUCUCAUAUGAUAUAAUUUUCUCAGUUUCACUGUGUGAAAAAAAAUUUCCCAUAAAUGGGAGCUUUUCCCAUUGUCUAAAGAAAUGUGUAUUUCAAUAACUCCUCCAUGAUCCUUUUAGAAAUAUAGUAAAAGUCCUUAUUUUUAGAUUAUGCAACUAAUUAAAAGCUACCUUCAAUUAGUUUUCUAUACAUGCUACAAUGUGCUAUUGAUUUAGGAAGUAUUUGUAAGACAUGAUGUCCAGAUUUCUCUAAAGGUCAAUUGCCUUUCUUCCUCUAGGUUAGGUGUGUGGUUUAUAUUUUUCUUACCUAUAGUGGGUUAUAGUUUUCAUUUUCCAAAUUAGAUAAUUUCCUGGAAAUACAUUCAUGUUUUAAUAAAUAGUAAUUUUUGUUUGUUUCAAACUGAAGUUUACUUGAGGGAUCCUUAAAAUUGAAGAGCUGUCACUGAUAAUUUAAAAUUUUGGCCCCAGUUCCUGAUGUUAUGUCAUUCUUGUUGAAGCUGUACUUGAACUUUUUUGUUUUUAUUUUUAGUUGUAAAGAUGGGACAUUCCUGAUUUUUUCUUUAUUUGAUGUGGAAAAGCAUUGGUGGUAUUUUACAUUUUGGAAAUUCACAGAAGCUUAAUUUGAUAUAAAAUAAACUGCAUUCUGCUCAGGAAAAAGCAUCUUAAGAGUGUAUGUAUUCAUUCUAUAUCUGUUAACAUAUAUGGGAAGUUCUUAACUGACUUUACAAAGUCAGUGUGCGCUUGAUGUUUUAAAAUCACAGCGUUCUUAUGUUUUUGAAAAGAAAUUCCACUUUCUGUUGUAGUUCCUGUUCUGUGGUACUUUAUAGAUAGAAUUAGCAGGAUGUAAUACUUUUGCUCCUUAAAGAGUUAGAUACAGAGUUUAUACCUUAUAGCAAACAAAGGGAGAUUUGGUGAAGACAACUGUUUUAAUUAUUAGGAGGAGACAUCCAUAAAUAUACAGAAUGAAUCACCUGUCUAUUAUAAAAUAGACAAUAUCUGUAACUUGUCCCAGUUUGUCUAGAUUUUGCUGCUGUGUGAAUUCACUAAACAGUAUUGUAAUGUACAACAGUUUUCUUUUAGACUCCUCCUUUAGAAGAUUAAGUAUUCUACCAUUGAAGAAAAGUUUGGAUGUGUAAUAAUUUUGUGAUGCUUUAGAAGAAAUAUCUUUAGCACGAAAUAAACUUUUCCAAGCAAAAAUCCACUAAAACUGAAACCAAGGGUGAUUUCUAGUUGAAUUUUUAGAAAUGCCUACUUGAAAUUAGGUUAUUAGAUGUAUCACCAUAUAUGUACUUGUUCUGUAAAGCCAAAACACUAGAUUAAAAUGUUUUUCUGAUUGAAGAAAAUGACCCUCUUUAUGC